AUGAUUGAUCUUGAAGAAAAUAAUCCAUUAAUACCACCAUCACAAAUCGAUACAGAUAAUGAAGGAUCCAUAUAUGGUCAUGAUUUAUAUUGUCCUAAUCCAAGACAAGUUUUCAGAAUUUGUACAAAUUUAAAAUUAUUAAUUGAUGAAAUUAUUCCAAUAUUAUUUGAUGAAGAAGAAAUUAAAAAACCGGAUUCUCCUAUAUUAAAUGAAAGAGUCAUUGAAUUAGUUUAUAAAGCAGCUGGUGGGAAAGGAAUUGGUGAAGAAGGUUCUUCAUCUAAAAAAUACAGAGCUGCUUUAGUAUUUUGUUUGUUGAAAGUUUGUGAUUGGUAUUGGCAACAAAGUGAAACUGAACUAUAUGAUAAUGAAUUAUUUAGUUUAAGAGCUGUAAGUGCACAAAUAUUAGCUGCUAAAAUUAUUGAAAGAGAAACUGAUGAUAAAUAUUUAUUUUUGAGUAUGUUAUGUCACAGAUAUACAAUAUGUCUAAAUGGGAAAAAUGCAACUCCAAUAAAUGCAUUAGAAUUAGCAGUUGAUAUGCAUUCAACUAUAAUUAUUGGUACUUCAGGUUAUCAAAGAUGUAUAAAAUGGUUAUGGAGAGGUUGGAUUGUUCAAUCUUCAAAUGAUCCUCAUUCCUAUGUGUUAUACAAGGGUAUAGCUUCAAAUUCAAUAAGAACUCAUUUUGAUCCAGCAAGAAUUAAAACUCCAUUUUAUCAAAAUAUUUUGGAAAUCUUUUUCAGUAUGGUUUAUUUAUUACUUUAUUCAAUAAUUUUAAAUACUCAUUCAACAAAUUUUGCAGAUUUAGAUAUAUUUGAAAUAACAUUUUAUUUAUUUACAUUAGGUUUUAUAAUGGAUGAAUUUAUUAAAUUUUAUCAUGUUGGUUGGAAUUACUUGGGAUUUUGGAAUGUGUUUAAUGAUACAAUGUAUACAUUAAUUGUAUCUGCUAUAACUUUUAGACUUUUGAGUAUAACUAAUCAUGGAGCUUUAAGAAAUAGAUAUGAUGAAAUUUCUUAUAGAUUAUUGAGUUGUGCAGCACCUUUAAUGUGGUCAAGAUUAUUAUUAUAUUUAGAUGCUCAAAAAUUCUUUGGUGCUAUGUUAGUUGUAUUAAAAGUUAUGAUGAAAGAAUCACUUUUAUUUUUUGUCUUAUUGUUUGUUAUCAUAGCUGGGUUUUUGCAAGGUUUUAUUGGAUUGGAUGCUUCUGAUGGUGAAAAUGAAGCCACUAAGAAGAUUUUAACAUCAUUAAUGAAAGUUGUUAUUGGAAGUGCUUCAUUUGAUGAAAUGGGUGCUUUAGUGCCACCAUAUGCUUCAAUCUUAUAUUACAGUUAUUCAUUUUUAUUUUCAGUUAUAUUGAUGAAUAUCUUGAUUGCUUUGUAUUCUACUGCUUAUGCAGCAGUUGUUGAGAAUGCUACUGAUGAAUAUUUAGCUUUAGUAGCUCAAAAGACAUUAAGAUAUAUUAGAGCACCAGAUACAAAUACUUAUGUUCCACCAUUAAAUAUAAUUGAAUUUAUUAUUACACCAUUAAGUUGGGUCCUUACACCAUUAUAUUAUAAGGAUGUCAAUUAUUACGUUAUGAUGAUAUUAUAUUUUCCAUUAUUAUUAUAUAUUACAACUGAAGAAUUAAAUACUGCUAGAAGAAUAACUUAUAAUAGAUAUAAGGGAUUACCAGAUGAUGCAAAUGAAAAUGAUACAGAAUGGGAUUUAACUGAUGGAUUUGGAGAUACUAGUUUAGAUAAUGAUAAUUUAAGAAAUAAUACCCCAUUUGAUGAAAUAAGAGCAAGAAAUUCAGAAGUAAAUGAAGAAUUAAGAGUACAAAGAGAAGCAGAAAGACAAGAUGAUGAAUUCUUAAUAAAUAUGUCAAGUUUUCAAAAAGAUAUAAAAGAAGUUGUUAAACCUGUUAAAGAAGCAAGUAAAGUUGGAUUAAAUUGGGAAUAUUUUGAAUUAUUUCAAAAAAUUGAUAAAUUAACUAAUUUAAUUGAAACUGUUGUUGCUGAAAAUAAAGAAUUAAAACAAAAAUUAGAGAGUAAAUAA